AUGGAGCGUAUCGUUGGCGGCACCUACAGGCUUAAUCGCAAGAUCGGAAGUGGAUCAUUCGGUGAAAUCUACCUCGCUACGCAUAUUGAUACCUCAGAAAUUGUCGCUAUCAAAAUCGAGAAUAGUAAAACAAAGCAUCCGCAGCUACUUUACGAGGCAAAGCUCUACAAUGUUCUUCAAGGAGGAAGUGGCAUUCCAGGCAUAAAAUGGUUUGGCGUUGAUGGGGAGGAUAACGUACUUGCCAUUGAUUUACUUGGCCCUAGUCUUGAAGAUCUUUUUGUGUAUUGUGGAAGGAAGUUUUCAUUGAAGACUGUGUUAUUGUUAGCUGAUCAAAUGAUUACUAGAAUAGAAUAUGUGCACUCUAAAGGAUAUUUACAUAGGGAUAUUAAACCGGAUAACUUCCUCAUGGGACUUGGUCGGAAAGCCAACCAGGUUUACAUAAUCGAUUUUGGGCUGGCAAAACGGUAUCGGGACUCCACAAGCAAUCGCCACAUUCCUUAUAGGGAGAACAAAAACUUAACAGGGACUGCUCGAUAUGCCAGUUGCAAUACUCAUCUUGGGAUUGAGCAAAGUAGACGGGAUGAUUUGGAAUCACUCGGAUAUGUAUUUCUGUACUUCCUUAGAGGAAGCCUUCCUUGGCAAGGUUUAAGGGCUGCAACAAAGAAACAGAAGUAUGACAAGAUAUGUCAGAAGAAGGUAUCAACUCCUAUCGAGGUACUAUGCAAAUCUCAUCCCGUAGAGUUUGCUUCAUACUUCCAUUACUGCCACUCGUUGACGUUUGAUCAACGGCCUGAUUAUGGAUUCUUGAAGCGCCUAUUUAGAGACCUAUUUGCUCGGGAAGGUUAUGAGUUUGAUUUUGUUUUUGAUUGGACCAUUUUAAAGUAUCAGCAAACACAGAAGCAUAGAGUGCCGCCUUCCUUAUCUCCAGUUCCCGAAGCAAGUAACAACCGUGCAGUCCCAAUGGAUGUUGAUAACCAUCAAGGGCACGGUGAAGAACGAAUUAAAUCAGGAAACACUGCUGGUUCUGGUGUCAAAGUUCAGUUUAAAUCACCAACUGCUAGAAACUUGAGUUCUGAUAACCCUCUUGACAAGAAUAUUUUUGGAGAAGCAAAUAUGCCCUCAACUUCGCAUUCUCCUGCUGGUACUUCAAAAAGGAACCCCUUGAAGCCUGCCUUGUAUACGGAACCUUCCAACCCUGGACAUGGGCAAGGGAGUAAAAUCGGCCCUUCAAGUAGCUGGAUGUCAUCUCUGCAGCACAUAUCAUCUUCCAAAUGA